ACCAGGUCAAUAAUAAAAAACAAAACAACGGAAGACUCCUCGUAACAACUUAAUUAAGUAAUUAAUGGCUUGAAGUAAGCAGUCAUUGGACAUAUAAUGAUUGAGAAAUGGAUUUUAGCGGUGUUCUGUCUGGCUCUAAAUGUCCAUCUCUCAGAGUCUUGGUGCCGACCGUUCGAGAGAGCGGACAUAUUUUUCAUCAUGGAAGACUCGUACAGCACUGACUAUCAGUAUAAUGACUUUAGCACACAAAAGGCUGUUCUCAACAGAAUCGUAGACAAACUUUACAUUAACAAAGACAACGGGAUAAGAAUAGGCCUCGUCACUUAUAAUGUAGACGCUAAGUGUAAAUUUGAUUUAGACGACUACACGACAACUUCCACCAUCAAAAGUGCAAUCAACAGUGUCAGUGCCUCAAAGAAUUCUUGGACCCACGAAAACGACACAGAUUUAAUUCACAAGGGCAUUGUCGAGGCCCAACGUCACUUCACUUCCGGUAGGGGUGACCGAUCUGACGCCCCCAAUAUCUACCUUUUCACGACAGAUUCUAUUUUUAGUGACGAGUUAACUAAUAAUAACCUUUAUGAUACAGCGUUGAAUUUGCGAAAUGCUGGUGAAAAUUACAUCUGGGCAAUCGGCGUGCGCAGCGCCACUAGUCAGGUGGGCAAUAUCGUGGGGUCCGACGGGGGAUCUCACACAGGAAGUACAUGGGCAACUUUAAACUCAGAAACCGAAGCAGAAGCUUUUUACCAAAAGUUCUCCGGGUGUCCCACUGUGGAUCCAGCUCUGUCAAAAUACUAUUGUUUCCGACCUAAUUUUUUAUACUUUGAAGAUCCGGCCCAGGCAUCAGCUACCACUGAAGUUUGUGAAACCGAAACAAGUGUGAUGUUAUUUGAUGUGCAAAAUGAAAGCCGCUGUCUCUUCAUAUUAAUUGUUAUUACCAAGGGCAUAAAUGUUGUAGAAAUCAUAGCAUCUGAUUUGAAUGGCACCAUCAAGUCCAUCAACUACACGGUACCAGAGGAAGAGAGAAUCUCCAUUGUAGAGCAUGACAGGAUCGGAUGGCGCGUUUCGACACAGAACAUUAUAUCUUAUCAACCAUGUGACCUUCUUAAAGACCGAUUUUGUCCUCAGAAUAUCUACGCUACCAUCCAAUCGGAUGAUAUUUAUGAAUACAUGCAAUUUGAUUGGUCAGCUAGGUACGACAAUGAAACCAAUGAAAAUGUCACAAAAUUAACCAACAGAGGAUAUACUUUAAAAGUAUAUGCAAAUAACAAUACCCAGCUACAGUUUGAGGAGUCGUUGUACCUGACUGCCGCUGCAGAUCAUUGGCCAAUAGGAACCAGUUUCUCAUCGUAUGAAUUGACAGGUGUCGACUACAAAGAAAAUAUCACACUGACCUGGCAACAACCAAACGCUUAUAUUGACCUCAACGAAUCCUAUAGUUUUGUACAAGUGGCCCGACAGUUGGAGCCAUCCGAGUCCGCGCAGGGAAUGGCGGGAUACAAGGCCAUCCUGAGGGCCGUGGACACCUGUCGCUGGACCGCCUCUACCACCUUCUCUGUAGAAACCUUUAAUGGGCCCCCAAUUAUUACAAAUUUCCCCAAAGAGAUGUCCCUCUUGGAGAACACAGGGGGUAACGUGUUCGUGUACCCGGUGGCUGUUUACGACCCGACGGUACCCCCGGACCCAGUUUGUUGUACCCUGGAGAGCGUGCGUCCCCAGACCCAGAACUUUGAGAUUAGACUCGUCAACAAUACAAACUUUCUCCUGUACACCACGGAGAAGCCGGUGUUUGACUACAACUCGUGGAACUCCUACAUGUUGACCGUGUGCUGCGAGGACGGGUACGGGACGGUGAAAGGUAUACUGAAGAUAGACGUGGAGCAGAUCAAGGAAAAGUUUAUAUAUACACCACCAACCUGGUUCUACACCUCCAUCAUUGCCAGUCUGAUACCGAUAGGAGUCAUGUACCUCACAGCCUGUAUUCUUCUCAUCGAUACCAUGUUCUUUGUAAACAUCAAACACGUCGAUAAAGAUGACGAAGAUGAGGAAGUCUCACAUGUUCGCCUGGACAUGGUUUAGCGAAUAAAAUAUGAACCUAUCAUUGAACACUUCUAUAGAUGCAUAUUAUUACUCAGGAACCAUUCGCCAGCUUCACUGAUCAUAUUGAUGGGUUCAUUUACAUGAUCCACCCGCACUGAGGUGAACAGAUACUUCUGUAGAUUGCGCAGUAAAAGAAAUAACGAUGUGUUAAAAAAUGACACUGAUAUUAAAUGUAACAUGAUUCAUGAGAAGUAUGUAUAGUAAACCAAAAUUGCUCAAAUAAUUAUUUUUUUUUACUAUACAUGUAUAUUUUUAUUGUUCAUACCAUUGU